AUGGUCCGUAUCAGCGUGCUGGCCGAUGCCCUGAAGUGCAUCCACAAUGCGGAAAAGCGUGGCAAGCGCCAGGUGCUUAUCCGACCGAACUCGAAGGUCGUGGUCAAGUUCCUGACCGUCAUGAUGAAGCAUGGGUACAUUGGCGAGUUUGAGAUUGUGGACGAUCAUCGCAGCGGCAAGGUUGUUGUCAACCUGACCGGUCGCCUCAACAAGGCCGGUAUCAUCUCGCCCCGUUUCGACGUCAAGCUGGAAGAUAUCGAACGGUGGACGAAUAAUCUGCUCCCCUCCCGUCAGUUUGGCUACGUUGUCCUGACUACCAGCGGUGGUAUAAUGGACCACGAGGAAGCCAGAAGGAAACAUCUUGGUGGAAAGAUUCUGGGAUAUUUCUUCUAA